AUGUGCACUAACGUGUCUUUACCGGGUGACUUAAACGAGUUAGAUGUUAAACCCACGGACACACUGAGGCUCCUGGAGGCUCACCGGCCCAUCAAAGUGGGGAUUAUUCUGGUUGUGGGUGUUAUGAUUACUUUGGGGAACGUGGCCGUGGUGUCGGUGAUUUAUUCAGCGGUACCGGGAUGGUCGAGGAACUCGCGGUAUUUUUUAUUAUCGUUAACCGGAGCGGACUCGGCGUUCGGUCUGAUCGUCAUGCCGAUGAACCUGUGUGUGAGUCUGGUGAAGGACUACAGUGACGAACCUGACCCGUUCUGUCACGUCGUGGCUUUCUUUAACGCCACCGUGUACUCCACGUGUAUGUACACGCUGGCCAGCAUCAGCCUGGAGCGCUAUGUAGCCGUGUUCUAUCCGCUGCAGUACUCCAGCAUCCUGACCCGGAGACGCGCCCUGAUGCUCAUCGCCUUCGCCUGGAUCUUUCCUCCUGUUCUGCUCGUGCCCAUCACGUGUCCGGAGGGAAUCAUAGACGUGCACUUCUCCACGGCGUCCUUGGUGUGCAACCCGUCCUACUCCAGUAACGUGACGUACUCUCUGACUCUCACCGGCUUCAUCUUCUUCCCCUGCUCGGCUCUCAUGACCUUUUGUAACCUCAGGCUGUGGUUCGCAGCCAGGAGACAGAGGAAGAGGUUGAGGAGACACGCAUCCGGUCGGUGGACACGUCCAAACGUGGCUUCGCGUGUGCUGGUGCCCGUCAUGACCGCCUACUACACGUGCUGGACCCCCUGCAUGGUCGUCAUGAUCUACACCGCAAUAUCAGGCAGCGGUGUCCCAGAAUGGGUGGAAUUUGUGGCCGUGUGGUUACCGACCUCCAACGGCUUCCUCAACUGUGUCUUUUACUUUUGGAUUAACCAAAGCUUCAGGAGAAAAUUCCACUCCGUCUUGCAGAGACUGUGUUUCGGGAUUUGUCCUGACUCCAAACCGGUACAUGACUCGGUAAUGGCUACUGUAAAUAACAACACCGUACAGGACAGGUCUUCCAGCGUGUCGUCUACAUGCGCUUUACUCCCAGACGGCGUCGAGACGUACAUCUGACCGCCAGGAACCAAGAGAACAUCCGACAACCGGGCCUCUAAAGCUAUUAAUGAAUUUCUCUGACGUGGGGAAUCAGUGAGGUACCUGUGGAUCACUGGUACCCACAGACUUCAACAUCGUCUUAUUUUUUUUUAAGCAUGUCAUAAUAAUAAAUUGAAUCAAUCCAACAUCAUCAGCGAGGUUCAGGUUUUGCCAAACGUCUCGUUUUCCUGCAAUAAUAAUCCGUAUUGUCUGGAAUUGCGCCUCGAUUAUUUCCCCCCCUCAUUUUUAAGUUCAGUCGACUGCAUAAUGAAAGUUGUGUUCUGUCAGAUUUUAUCAAUAUGUCAACAGCCGGCAGUACAAAAGGUUAACCUUUAUACAAAAGGAAAGUAAUUAGGCAUUUAACGUCAUGUAAAGGUCAUCUCAGCGACGUCUGUUGGAAAGACACUCGUUUGGUUUUUUUUUUUUCCUUCUUUUUCUUUCAUUUGGAGGUCCAUGUGCCCUUUAUCUACUCUCCUGUUUUAUGCACAUAGUCUGAAUUUAAUUCAAUUGCUUAUGACUGUGUUAAGGCUAAACACUUCAUA